AUGUCGGCGCCGUGGGACUACAUUGCCAAGCUCGUCUGCAUCGGCGACUCGGGAUGCGGCAAGUCGAGCCUCACCAUCCGUCUCUGCGAGGGGCGCUUCUCGCCGCACCACGACGUCACCAUCGGCGUCGAGUUUGGCUCGCGCAUCGUCCCCGUCGGGCCUCCUGCCAGCAAAGCCCUCCCACCCGCCUCCACACCCACCGACACCAGUACCGACACAUCAGCGCCACCCUCCUCAGACGACACAACAAGCGGCGGCCUGCCCGAGCCCCCCCGCGACACCAGCAAGACGCCCCAGAAGCACAUGAAGCUCUCCCUCUGGGACACGGCCGGUCAGGAGACGUACAAAUCCGUCACGCGCUCCUACUUCCGCGGCGCCUCGGGCGCCCUCCUCGUCUUCGACCUCUCCCGUCGGCAGACCUUUGACCACGUCACCGACUGGCUCAACGACCUGCGCCAGAUUGCCGAGCCGGACAUUGUCGUCGUGCUCGUCGGCAACAAGGCCGACCUCACCCAGGAGGAGAGCAGGCGCCAGGUGACGCGCAAGGAGGCCGAGGAGUGGGCGCGCAGGAACGGCAUCCUCGAGUACGUCGAGACGAGCGCCAAGAGCGGCGAAAACGUCGAGAAUGCCUUCAUGAGGGUCGCCGAGCGCAUAUACCAAAACAUACAGGCCGGCAAGUACGACCUCAACGAUCGGCGGUCCGGUGUCAAGGGCCCGAGUGCGGGCGGGAGUCGGCAGGUGAAGCUGGGGGCCAACGGCGCCAAGUCCAUGACGGGCGGGUGCUGCUAA